AUGCCGGUAUUGGCUGCCAUGGCGCAGGCGGUGGGAGACACAUUGGACUUUCACGUGAUCGGUCAGACCGAAGCCGGUAAUCAGAAAUUGCUGGAGACCUUUGCACCACCUUUCGAAAUCCUGGACGACAGCAGUCUGAAAGUAUCGUUUGCCAGCGACAUCGAUACCGUGCCGACACUGGUCUGGUCUGAUGCCCAAGGUGAACCCGCACAGACGCUGAUCGGCUUCGUUAAAGAGGAAUGGCUGGCUCUGAGCGAAACCCUGACGAAAUCAGAGGGUGUGGCUGCGCCGUCGCUCGACUGGCAGAGUUUGCCGGAUUGGCGGCCUGGAUGCGGUUCAUUGUCAGUGGAUCCACUGAUUGCUGACCGACUGCGGGCGGAAGCGGAGAAUUCGCCGUUACGAGCGCGCCGUAUAGACAUUGGCGUUGCCGACGACGAAGUUGAAUUCAUGUUUGACCAGGGGUUUUCUGACGGUCUGCCCCUGGUGCCGCCUACACCGGAACGCGUUAUGCGUAUGCUGGCGGGUACCCGGCGCGAUCCCCAGGAUGUGUUGGCGCAAAUGCCCCCCAAUAUGGGCGACGUGACUGUCGAAAAAGUUGCCAUCAAUGCGGUCAUGGCGGGCUGCAAACCGCAAUACAUGCCCGUCAUCAACACCAUCGUCCAAGCCAUCUGUACGGACGAAUACAAUAUUCACGGCGUCAUGGCGACAACCAUGGGUGCAAGUCCGGUGGUUGUGGUGAAUGGUCCAAUCCGUGAACGCAUCGGUAUGAACAUGGAACUGGGCGCACUCGGGCAGGGCAAUCGAGCCAACGCAACCAUCGGUCGCGCGGUGCGUUUGAUUAUCCGUAACGUAGGCGGCGCAAGACCCGGCGGUACCGAGCGCUCCACUUUAGGCAACCCGAUGAAAUUCACCAUGAGUUUUCCGGAGUGGGAGGAGCGCAGUCCUUGGGCACCUCUGCAUGUCGAACGCGGCUUUGCUGAACAGGAUUCUGUGGUUUCGGUGUUCACCAUGUCCAGUGGUCCUACCUUGAUUGUUGACCAGGAUUCCAGGACGGGUGCGGGCCUGGCGGGUACCAUGGGGCUGUGUUUAGAGUCCGCGUUUAACCCCAAAGCCCACUAUGCGACAGAUUGCCUGCUGGUGGUGGUGCCCGAACACGUCGACACCUUCGUCAGGGAUGGCUACAGCAAAGCUGACAUACGUGCCCGCAUCCAGGAGGUGACGGCUAAGCCGAUCCGUGAGUUGAUGGCUGAUGACAUUUCAGGGACGGGUUUUAAGCCGGAAAUGGUUGAGAAAAUGGGACCUGGCGCCAUGGAUAAAGUAAUGCCGAAGUUUCGCUCGGAGGACGAUAUUCAUAUCGUCGUAGCGGGAUCCCAGGCAGGCAAAUUUUCAGGGGCCUUUCACGGCUGGGCGACGGGAGAGAUUGGCUCUAUCCCUGUUUCGCGUAAGAUAGAAGAUGUAGCGCUGCUGGAUAUCUCCAAACCGCGCGGUAAUGUGCUGAUCGAUCGCCUGGAAGAAGUGUUACAACAACGCCUGCCGAAGGUUGAGUUCAAGCGCUACGCCAAGCCCACAUUUACCAAACCCGCGCCAGAUGCAUUGCGCCAGCAGAUCCAGCAGGACAAUGACUUUGUCAUUGAGGAUGCUAAUGAUGAUGAGAUGCGCGCAAAGGCAGACAAAGUUGUCGAUCAGAUUAUCGCGGCGACGAUCUGUCUUGUCGUCGUUGGCGUCAGCUGCGUUUUUGUUUUAGCAAAAGGCUCACCUCGCUUUUUAGCCGCCUAUCUGCCACUGGCUUGUGUCAGCGCAUUUGUUUAUUGCGCCGGCCAUCUGGCCAAUCGCAUUUUUCUGGACCCUCAGUCGCACGCGCUGGCGGUUUACGUGCUCUACGCAGGGCUUAUGGGUACAGUGACAUUCUGGUGGAUGUCGAUUUUGGAUGUUGCCCAACACUACCGCUAUGUGCCGACCAGAACGGCAAAAACUGUCCAACAGGUUUCGCUUGGCGCGAUGCUGUUGCUCCUGUUGGGAUUGAUCACAAACCCCUGGCACGGACAAUUUCUUAUUCCUAACCCGGCUGGUUUCAGCGAGUUCAAACUGCUUUGGUAUCUAAAUGCCGGGACGCUCUGGUUGUUUAUCGCUUCAGCCUGCCUGCUGGCGAUUUAUUGUGCGGGUAAAACUCAGGUUCGAGCGGACCGCGUGCAGAUGAUCCUGUUAGCCCUGGCAAUGCUCAUUCCAGGCCUGUUUAACGGAUUGUAUCUUUCGGGCGUGGCGAACAUUGAAGACGAUCCAACCGCCAUUGGUCUGGCAUUCAGUUCAACGGUGUUCAUUUAUGCCAUUUUCCGUGGUCAGCUUUAUGUGUUGUCAGGCGUACGCAUCGAUCAAUUCAUGGAUAAUCUCAAGCGUCCAGGCAUUCUUGUUGAUCGGAACUAUCGAUUGGUUUAUUUGAACAAUGCUGCCCGCUCAACCUUCGGUGAUCUGCCGAUUCACACCCAGGUGGGGCCUGUGCUUGCUGCCAAGUUGAUCUCGCCUUCAGGCGAAACAUUAACGCCGGAAAGAAUUGAUGCUUCGCCCAGCGACGUAUUGCUGGUAGUCGACCAGCCUGACGCGUGGAUUAGUAUCUCUGCGCAGCCUAUACGUAACGGGCAGAAGCAGAUCGGUUCCAUGUGGUUGUUUGAAGACGAAACCUCCAAGGUGCGCGCCUCCAGGCAAUUUGAAGCCGACAAGCGUUUAGAAAGCCUGCGCAUGAUGGCGGGUGGGAUUGCUCAUGAUUUUAAUAACCUGCUGCAGGGCGUGAUUGGUAACGCGGAACUGGUUGAGCUGAACCUGCAGGGAGAUGUGGCCCACGCAAAGCACCUGCUGACAAAUCUUAUUGGCGGGGCGCAGCGGGCAGCAGGUUUGUCACAGAAACUGCUGGCUUAUUCCGGCCGUGCACAGAUUAAGGUGGAAGCCGUUGAUCUCAAUGAACUUAUUGAAGAUGUUCUGGCAUUUAUGCAGAUUGAUCUUGCACCCAGUGUGCCUAUUGUUGUGGCUUUAUCAAAGCGACCGAUCCGGGUAGCCGUAGAUCCUGUGCAGGUGAACGAAAUUGUAUUCAAUCUGCUUACCAAUGCUUAUGAAGCAGCGCACGAACAACAGGCAUCAAUCUGGUUGCGCAGCGGACAGGUAGAGUUGGAUCGGGCCGCCAUCGACGCCUGUCAGAUUGCGACAACCGCUAUGCCCGGGCAUUACUGUUAUCUGAGUGUUGCCGAUAGCGGUCCCGGGUUAACGCCAGAAACGCUGGCGCGCAUCUUUGAACCUUUCUAUUCCACCAAGGAGUUAGGUCAGCUGGUGAUGGCUACCGUCGGUGUUUUUGUUGGUGCUCGUGUCGAUAAAAUAGGCGGCAAGCCGAUCAUGCUGGUGGGGACAACCAUCUUAACGGCGGGUCUUGUCAGUCAUAGUUACAUUGAGCAGUUGUGGGUCUGGUGGCUUCUGAACGGUGUGAUUCUCACGGUGGGUUGCGCCAUGGUGGGCAACCUGGUCGUCAAUGUGACACUUUCCAAAUGGUUUGUGGUGAACCGUGGUAAAGCGAUUGCAUUUGCUGCUAUGGGGGUGUCUUUUGGUGGUGUGGUUUUAACACCGCUUGCAACCUGGCUUAUCGAUACUAUCGGCUGGCGUGACGCCUGGGUGUGGUUAGGGGCCAUGGCAGCGCUGUUUCUUUACCCGGUUGCGUUGUUCAUGCGACGUGCGCCUGAAGACCAUGGUCUACACCCUGAUGGGCUAAGUGAUGCACAGGUCGCCGCGGGCGCCAGCCAGCGGGCGUUGGAUGAAGAAGCGCGUGCUUACACUCGACAUCAGGCGUUGCGUACUUUUUCUUUUUACGCCCUGGUCAUUGCAUUCGGCUUUUUCUCCAUCAAUAUUGUUGUAUUGCUGCUGCAAACGGUUCCCUAUCUGACGGACAGUGGUUUCAGUCGCAACGAUGCGGCCCUGGCGAUGUUGAUAGCAUCGGUGCCAGCUAUGCUGUCCAAACCUGUCUGGGGUUAUCUGAUUGAUCUCAGUCCCGUUAAACCGUUGGCGGCUAUUUCCGCGUCAGUAACCGGUAUAGCGCUGUUUCUAAUUGUGUUUGCGGUGGGCAGCCAUCAGCUGUUCUGGGUCUAUGCAGCUUACGUGGUUCUGGGUCUGGGCUGGGGAGGCAUGAUCCCCAUGCAGGAAGUCAUCUGGGCGUCGUUUUUUGGUCGUCAACAUAUCGGUGCCAUCAGAGGGGCAGGCAUGCCUUUUGCGCUUGUACUUGGUGCUGCCGCCCCAUGGCUCGUAUCCUAUUAUUAUGAUCUUAUUGGCAGCUACGAUGGUGCGCUGCUGGUGGUGGCUGGACUGAACGUAUUUUCCGGGGUGCUGAUAUUUAUGGUGCCGCCGCCGACUAAAAUGGGUGUCAGAAAAAACUGA